ACCUUGGAAGUAUAGACCAAUCACAGCGCAAGACGUCUUUUUCAGGCAACAUUGAAGAUGACGUCAUGACUGUGCGACAUGCCAUAGAUGCAAACGCUUACAUAGCUUUUGACAGAGUUAUGAGUUAUAAAUAUGGAGGUGGAGGCGGUGGAAGCAGAAGCAGAAAAGGUAGUGGUCGUAGAGGCUAUCGAGAUGGCAGCAGAGAAAGAGCCGACAGAGGACGCGGGUCCGGUGGGAGCUCUAACAGCGUUGACGAGGACCAAGCUGGUGGCCGCCAUCCAUCACACCUGAAGGGUCGUGAGAUUGGCUUGUGGUACGCAAGAUACGGAGCCGUGAGGAAGAAAAAUGCUGAUCGGAGAUCGCGAGCAGUGGUCCAGAUGGAUGCGGCCAGGGAGCAGAACAUUAUCAAGCUGCUUGAUUCCGUCCAGAAUGACCAGUCUGGUGCAGCGAGACCAACGAGAGAAGCAAGAGCCUCAGCGUCCAGCAGCUGGCGUGCGUCGUCCAAUAAAAGUGGUCAUUGCUACUUUGAUGGAGACAUGCCUGAAGAGGAGGAACAGAAGACUGACAUCAAAUCUGAGGAGGAAGACUCCAUCACUCAGACAGUUAAAGAUGAGCCCCCUGACACAUGGGAUGAUGAUGAUGAUGAGCAGGAGCAGCAGAAGCUGGAGGAAGAAGAGGAGGAAAAAUGGAAACCUAAGCAAAAAGACAAAGAUCUAGAGUUCUUACUUCAGGAAACAGCCAGAGACCGUUCACUGGAUGAGUCGUUGCAAAGAGAUCUGCAGAGUAAGAAAUCACACCCCAAGUACAAGGAGAUGCUGACAUUCAGAGAGAAAUUGCCAUCCUAUGGGAAGAAAGAGGAGCUGGUGAAGCUCAUCAACUCCAACCAAGUCCUGGUUGUGAGUGGGGAAACUGGCUGUGGCAAGACCACCCAGGUGACCCAGUUCAUUCUGGAUGACCACAUCAAGCGUGGCAUGGGCUCAAUGUGCCGGGUGGUUUGCACGCAGCCACGUCGCAUCAGCGCCAUCUCGGUAGCAGAGCGUGUGGCGGCAGAGAGAGCAGAAAUUGUUGGCAAUGGAAAUUCGUGUGGGUACCAAAUACGCUUGCAAAGCCAGUUACCACGGAGACAAGGGUCGAUCCUGUACUGCACCACAGGCAUUAUCCUUCAGUGGCUUCACUCAGACCCGCACUUAUCCAGUGUCAGCCACUUGGUUUUGGAUGAGAUUCACGAGAGAAGUCUGCACUCUGAUGUUUUGCUCACCAUUGUCAAGGACCUGCUCAACAUCCGAGAUGACAUCAAGAUCAUCCUCAUGAGUGCCACGCUCAAUGCAGAGAAAUUCUCCAAAUAUUUUGACAACUGCCCUAUGAUCCACAUCCCGGGUUUCACGUUCCCAGUAGAAGAGUUCCUCCUCGAGGACGUUGUGGAGAUGAUCAGAUAUUGUCCAAAGACUCAGCCUCGUCGCCCCGUAUGGAAAAGAGGCUUCUGGCAGGGGCGCCAUUCCAGACCCGAGAAGGAGGAGAAGGAGGCGGAAUACAAGGAGAGCUGGCCUUCCUAUGCUCGCACGCUGCAGGCCAGAUACUCUGACAGCACCAUUGCUACUCUUGAAAUGCUGGACAGUGACGACAAAAUUGACUUGGAGCUCAUCUUGGCACUUAUCCGAUAUAUUGUGUGGAACGAGGAGGAAGGAGCCAUCUUGGUCUUCCUGCCCGGCUGGGAUAACAUCAGCAGCCUCAAUGACCUGCUGAUGGCGCAGCAGAUGUUCCGAUCAGACCGCUUUGUUAUCAUCCCGCUGCACUCGCUCAUGCCGACGGUUAAUCAGACGCAGGUGUUCAAAAGGCCUCCUCCCGGCGUCCGAAAGAUUGUGAUUGCUACCAAUAUAGCGGAAACAAGCAUCACCAUAGAUGAUGUUGUUUAUGUCAUCGAUGGAGGGAAGAUUAAGGAAACUAACUUUGACGCCAACAACAACAUCAGCACCAUGACAGCUGAGUGGGUGAGCCUGGCCAACGCAAAGCAGAGGAAAGGACGUGCUGGCCGAGUGUGUCCAGGGAAGUGCUAUCAUCUCUACAACGGUCUCAGAGCCAGCCUGCUGGAUGCCUACCAAUUACCCGAAAUCAUGAGGACGCCACUGGAGGAACUGUGCCUGCAAAUUAAGAUACUGAAGCUGGGCGGCAUAGCUCACUUCCUGCAGAAAGCUCUCGACCCUCCCUCUGAAAAGGCUGUGAACUUGGCCAUCAAGAACCUCAAAGAAUUGAACACCUUGGAUCAUUCCGAGAAUCUGACAGCGCUAGGGUUCCACCUGGCUCGCCUGCCCGUAGAGCCUCACAUCGGAAAGCUCAUUCUGUUUGGAGCUCUGCUGGGCUGCCUGGACCCGGUGCUCACCAUCGCCGCUUCCCUCAGCUUCAAAGACCCUUUCUUCAUACCCCUGGGCAAAGAGAAGAUAGCAGACAUGAGGAGGAAGACCUUGUCCAGAAACUCCAAGAGCGACCACCUCACUGUGGUCUAUGCCUUUCAGGGCUGGGAGGAUGCUAAAUACCGUGGCGCACGCUGCGAGAAGGACUACUGCUGGGACAACUUCCUGUGUGCCAAAACACUGAAGAUGCUACACAACAUGAAGGGCCAGUUUGCUGAGCAUCUCAUGCAUGCAGGCUUUGUCAGCAGCAGGGACCCCAAAGACCCCAAAUCAAACGUCAACUCAGAUAAUGAAAAGCUCAUCAAGGCUGUGAUUGUCGCCGGUCUGUAUCCUAAGGUGGCCAUGAUCCGACCAUCCUUACAGAAAAAGAGGCCUGGGGUAAAAGUGUACACGCAGGCUGAUGGAAAAGUGUGCAUCCACCCCAAGUCUGUUAAUUACGAGGAGACCAAGUUCAACUACACGUGGCUCAUCUAUCACCUCAAGAUGAGAACCAGCAGCAUCUUCCUGUACGACUGCACCGAGGUGUCCCCCUUCUCCCUGCUUUUCUUCGGAGGCGACAUCACUAUCCAGAGGGAUGAGGACCAGGACACCAUCGCGGUGGACCAGUGGAUCGUCUUCAGGUCACCGGCGCGCAUCGCUCACCUGGUCAAGAGUCUCAAAAGGGAGCUGGAUUCCCUGCUGGAGGGCAAGAUAAGGAACCCGGCUCCCGUGGACUGGCAGAACCGCCAGUCCAAAGACUGUGCUGUCAUCACGGCCAUCAUAGACCUCAUCACCACGCAGGAAACCACCACAGCGGCGGGCGCCGCCGGAGCCGACAACAGUACAUGGACGCCCAGAGGACAACAUAUUUAUUUCAGUGAUGACGAUGACGAUCAGAGGACUCAUGCUGGGGACACGACUUGAUAGAAAGAACCACAGGUUAGUUGACCUUCCUGUCACUUGGCCCUUUAUUGCAACUUAGACUUCAGAGCACCUUAUAAUAAAUAAAAAAAAGUCAGUACAAAGCCAGCAUGGGUAUACUUUAGAGUAGUCAGUGUACAGCUUGUAUAACAGUAUGGAUGCAUCGCCCACUGAAAAGGAGUCGACAAGCAGCCAUUAUUGUCCAAAUAAACACAUUGUCCUUUUCAUGUUUCAGUACUGUUGUAUCGUCCCUGGACAACAUACAUAGUAAUAACAUUGCUGAAAUCCGCCAGAUGAGCUCAGAGGGAGGCUGAUAUCAUUGCAGCACCUCAGCAGCCAUAACCAGUGACAUUAUUUGUUGAGAUGAAAUACAUGAUGGAAAGCCAUAUUUCUUAGCUCGCUUUUGAGUGUUAAGUUGCUGUGUGAAGAGUUAUCUGUAUGACGACCAUGAGUUAUAUAUUGAGCGCCAAAGAGGACUGAUUUCCAAUUGGCUGACAAGCUCGUUGUGAGUUCCCUUUCAGCUCAUGAUUAGCUCCUGCCAAAAAAUGACCUGACUCGGGAGCAUCACAGUAUUUAAAGGAUUAGUAGAAGUUCUAAAGUUAAGGAGAUGUCUGAGAUUAGAACAUCGCCAUGCAGUGUUCAAAGUUUACGAAAAAAGCAGCGGCUUAUACACAGAAAUUACGUGACAUGAAAUAAAAUGGUGGUUUACCUGCUACAAAAAAAACUUACCUGUUGCUGACCUCUGACCCGGCAUUUUUAUUUAUUUAUUUUAGCCAAGGUGGUAUCCCCAAGAUAAAGGAAAUGCUAGCAACACACACAAUAUCUAGUCGCUAAAGUGCUAACUCUCAAUAUGUGAUAUGCAAAGCUAGUAUCUAGAAAGAUGCUAAGUUCGGAAAGUGCAGAUCUACGUAUUGUCAUUUUGCAUUAUGCUAUGUCAGUAUAUGCUAACAGUUAGCAUGCUAACACCCAAGAGCAGGAUAGCACAAUGUCAGUUAAAUACAGGCCUAAAAACGUAUACUUCUCCCACUACCGAUCCAUGGAAAACUUGAGGGAAUGAUGAAAUAAUUUGCAUCCUAAUUUCCGACUUUGAAAAUUGUUUUGGGAAGUCUGCCCAGUAUUCACAUUCCUUAAGUGGAACAUGAACCCAUUUCUUUUUGGUGUAAAUGCCUUUUCCAUGUCAUGUUUUUUCAAUGAGUGUUUAUUCCCACUUUGUAUAACCGUCCUUGAAGGCAUCACUGCUAUACAUCAUGUUCAGUCCCAUAAUGAUGAGUCAUAUUCAUAACUGUUUAUUUGAUGUGUUUGGACUAUACAGUCACUCAUACAAGAACUGCUCCUCAUGCUCAUGUGUGUUUUUAACAAGCAGGUUUCAGGACAUCGAUGAGCAUUUAGAAAACACUUUACAUAUUUACACGGUACGCUAGUGCUUCACGACGUAUUUCAAUUCGUUCAUCGGAAGGACAAUUGGACAAAGCCGUGCCUCCUCGAGGGUCCUUGCCCACCCCCGCCGCUUCCCUCAACAGUAGCGGCCGUGUCGUCAGAGCCGUGGGCGUGUGACAGAUGGUCCCGUCGCUGCUCUCAGACCUGGCCAUUCAUUUCCUCACGGCGGGGGAUGAAAAGCAUGACUCAAGGCUAAAAGAAAGCCAAGGUCCACCUCACACAAGUUCAGGCAAGCUUCAUGGCGCUGCAGCGUGGAAAUGUCCAAAGAAUACACAUUAGUGUGUCACCUGACAGCACAUUUUCUUCCCUUCUGCUCCGGCUGGUAGACAUCAUGAAUAUUCCAUUUCUGAGUAAAAAAACAAAAGUGCCUUAAGACUGAGUCAUUUUAGACCAACAACUUCUGCCUCGUCAUGGGAGUGUAACUGUGUGAAGACACCCUGGAAGAAGGAGAAAGCUGGUGCACCAGCAGACCUUCACAUGAACAAUCAUGAAGUCCCUGAAGGCAUCGCAGCAUAGGAAACGGACGUCACACGUUGGUCUCCAGUCCUUGCAGGCGGUCCAUCCUCUGCAUGUUGCGCUCGAUGGUGGCCCGGCACGUGAUGGGCUGGGCGCACUCGGCCAGGAACCAGCCUUUCUCACCAUCACGCAGCCGCUCGCCCUCGAACCAACCUGAGCACGGGUCGACCAAAUCACG